CUCCAGGUGAAUCACACGGUGGCCCUGAGCACCCUGGGCGAGUCCAAUUAUCACUUUGGGGCCACCUACGUGGGCACCAAACACCUGAGCCCCACCGAGGCGUUCCCGGUGCUGGUGGGGGACAUGGACAACAGCGGCAGCCUGAACGCGCAGGUGGUGCACCAGCUGAGCUCCAGGCUCCGCUCCAAGGUCGCCUUCCAGACCCAGCAGUCCAAGUUCGUGAACUGGCAGGUGGACGGGGAAUAUCGGGGCGGCGACUUCACGGCCGCGCUGACCCUGGGCAACCCCGACAUCCUCAUGGGCUCAGGGAUCCUGGUGGCGCAUUACCUGCAGAGCGUGACGCCUCACCUGGCCCUGGGGGCGGAGCUUGUCUAUCACCGCCGGCCCGGCGAGGAGGGAGCCGUGCUCUCAUUGGCCGGCCGCUACUCAGCUCCGGCGUGGAUCGGGACGGUGACGCUGGGCCAGGCCGGGGCUCACCUGACCUACUACCACCGGGCCAGCGAGCAGCUGCAGGUGGGGGUGGAGUUUGAGGCCAGCACGAGGCUGCAGGACUCGAGCGUCGCCUUCGGGUACCAGCUGGAGCUGCCCCGCGGGAACCUCCUGUUCCGAGGUGAGAGAAACCCC